UGACAUCACGAGGCCUGGUUGGAAAGAGGAAGAAGAAAUAACAACAACAGCAGCUCUGCUGGGCGAGUGACAGCGAGAGAGAAAAUACGAGACUAGUUGAAUCCUGUUAAUUGCUAUAGAAUUUGUAAUAUCAGUUGCUGUUAUUAUUCGGCGCAAAUAUGUCUUUGUUGGGGAAGUUAUUUGGCGCUGGAGGUAAAGGUGGGAAAUCUGCUAGCCCUCAGGAGGCGAUCCAGCGACUUCGAGACACUGAGGAAAUGUUGACGAAGAAACAGGACUUUUUGGAGAAAAAGAUUGACCAGGAACUCAUCACUGCGAAGAAGAAUGGCACAAAAAACAAGAGAGCUGCUCUGCAGGCAUUAAAACGGAAGAAGAGGUACGAGAAGCAGCUGGGCCAGAUCGAUGGCACGCUGUCCACCAUCGAGUUCCAGAGGGAGGCGCUAGAGAACGCCAACACCAACACCGAAGUGCUUAAAAACAUGGGCUUUGCUGCCAAGGCCAUGAAGGCAGCCCAUGAAAACAUGGACAUAGACAAAGUGGACGACUUAAUGCAGGACAUCACAGAGCAGCAGGAGCUGGCACAAGAAAUCUCUGACGCUAUUUCUAAACCCGUAGGGUUCGGAGAGGAAUUUGAUGAAGAUGAUCUCUUGGCGGAAUUGGAAGAACUGGAACAAGAGGAACUAGACAAAAACCUGCUAGAAAUCGCAAGCACAGAGAAUGUACCGCUGCCAAAUGUACCCUCUACGUCAUUACCUGCAAGACCAGCAGUACAGAAGAAGCAAGAGGAAGAUGAGGAUGACAUGAAGGAUUUGGAGGCAUGGGCCGCCAACUAGCCACUGCUGUUACUCCAUAGCUGCUAUAGGUGGAAAAGAAAGACUAUGGUUUAGUGUGAUGUGUUUUAGUAUUUGGGGAAGGAAUAGAAUAAACAGAGACUUAAAAAAAAAAGACUAAACAUCAGCUUGACAACCUUUUGCUUACUGUCAAGCUCAAUCUCCUAUAGAGGGGCAAUGGCAUGUUGUACCUUUCACCACCAAAAGCCCCAAAUCUCUGGAGCAACCAAACAGGAAAGGCUCAUUUAAAAAUGUGUUUUUCUGUGCGUUCCUCACCUUGUUCUCAUCUGGAAAGCAUUGCUGCAUUUCCUCCUUCUCUUAGCCCACAAAAUAUAUUUUGAAGAGGAAAUAUAAAAAUGACUCCUCAAAACCUCCAUGUAGAAUUUCUAAUACCUCAAACCGUUAAUGUGUAGUGCAAAAAGAUAUUACAAUAUCCUGUAUUCCUUUUUGUUGUUUAUGCACAAUCAGUCGUGUUCAAAUGGCAAUCAGCUGUUCUUGAAUCUGUUUGUAAAAAUAUGCACUUAAAAUACACCUAUUGUACAUGAUAUUUAUUAAUAUCAAUUUCCAGCUUGGAGAAUUUGAUUCCCAUUUGCAGGGCUGUUGGGUUUAAAUGAGCUUUUGGCUGGAUUUAUUGAACUAUAUCAUGAGUAUCCUUCCAGAUACUCUGGCUUUCACACAGGCAGAUAACUAUGAGGAAAACUCCACAUGGUGUCCUUGAAAUUCUUCUCUGCGUGAUGGUUCACACGUUUCUGUAUCUUUGAAGUGAAUGAAUCUAACCGAACCUACAACUAGUUACAUUUUGCAAACACAAUGACAAUUCUCUUGAAAUAUGUUUGUGCUAUAUCUGUUCUGGUUUGUGUAACUGAAGUGACUGUGUGAGUGACAGUAUGCGCACCUCUGAGGUUGUUUGUUCAUUUUCAUCUUUAAGAGACAUUAACACUAGAGGAGGUUUUAAAAAGUUGUUUUAGGGUUUUUGCUUUUCAGAGUUAUGUAUUAUUUUUGUUUAAUGAUAUGCUGUUGUGUGUAGGAAGAGAUAAUUGAUUGUAUUUAAACUCUAGGCAGUCAGGUCUAUUUAACAUCAUGGCUUUCUGAGUUUGUGAACUUACCCCAUUAUUUUAUAGUUCACCGUGGUGCUUCAGAUGUUUUCAAAUUUAAAUUUUUCUUCUUUCUUUUUUUCUGUCUAAAUUUAACUAAUGUGGUAUGACCACAUUUGUUAUGUCUGACAUGGUCUGUGUGUUUGUAUAAGGGGCUGUUUUGUGCAGUCUGGUUCCUAUUUUUGUUUGGUCUGUCUUCCUACCAUGCCUAUCACAACUUGCCCUUGUUCUAAUGGUAUGCCUAAAUUAAACCUUUUGACAAAUGUG